GGCAAAAUUUCUCUGAUUAGUCUUCGUUUCGCGACGAACAGCACAGCUGGAAAAAGGUAAAUAAAGUGCCGGAAAAUUGUGUUUUUCUCUGUGAAAAAUGGGUGAUGAUGGUCAGGGUGCGAGUAAAAAUGACAACAUGGAAACAGACAAAUAUCAAAUUUAUGCUUCGAUUGUAUUUAUCGUGGUGAUAAUCGGAAUUGGAGUUCCAAUGUGGUGGAAAACAACUGAGGUCUAUCGUGUUUCUCUGCCUUAUGAUGGCAUCACCAAAUUAAAUGAAACGCCGAUCAUCUCAACAUCCACCAUUUCAAUUUACACAAAAGAUCCAUCCAGAGCCAAACUUCUAGUCACAGAACUCAAUGAUCUCUUUGAAAAAACAUCCCUUUUGCGAGUGUCUUUCAUUGCUGUAACUCUGGCAGAGUCAGAGACCGUCAGUUUUAAAACUCCCGCAAGUCUCGAGAAGAGGAUCUUGCAGAGUUAUCCAGUGAAUGAUGGGGAUUUCCUCUUUGCUGAGUGGCCCAAUCUUAACCACGGGGAAUCAAUAGUCGUGACAACUGACAGGACAGCUUUCAUGAGUCCCGAAACGACUUCAAGCAAAAUUGCCCAAGUCCUAAAAAUGUGGAUUUUCCAGGAGUUUAAGAUCAGGAGUAUCCUCAGUAGUAGAAAUAAUUCACAGGCUCUGAGGCACAAAACUGCUGCUCCUCAGUCUCACUACGAUAUCCUCAUCACGGUUAUGAAUCCUCGACCGGAUUUGCAGAAUGUUAAGUGGAAUGUUCGAUAUGCUGCAGAUAACUUUAUUGCACCUUUUCUAGACGAAAUAAGUGUCUUGUCCAAUUUUACACUGAAGACGCAAUGGAAGUAUCAAGUGCCCUUUCAGUAUUCCGCCAAGCAAAUUGCAGAUAAAAGCCGUCUGAAGAGGCAUUUUGCCUUGGAUGAAGAUUCCCUUCCGCAUAUUGUGACAUCCGUGGAGAAGAAUAUUGGGCAUGAAAUCUCCAAUAAUCCUUGCUUCCAGCUUGUGGUCUAUGUGCCAUCGUGCAAUAAGGCUCCUGUGCACAUUUACAACAAACGAGGCGAGAGGGCAACGAAAAACAACAGUGAUGCCUUUAUAUCGCCAAAAUGGGGCGGGAUAGUUAUUGCAAAUCCUCCGGAAGGGAUUUGUGAGAAGUUCAUGGAGGAUCAGCAAAAAGUGGAUGUUCCUUUGAAUUCCAAUGAGAUUUCACUGACUCUGCUGUACAUUCUGCGGAAACUAAUGGAAAUUGAAAUUGAUAUUCCCAUCAGUGAAGUAACGAUGGCGGAAAUAAGUAGCAUAUCUCUCCGCAAAUGGGAAGUUGAUAUCUAUCUGAGAAAUAGUGCAAUUCAUCUCAUUCAGUCAACAAUCGUUACUCUGAGUUCUCUAACGAAAUUGCUCAAAGAUAUCAACUACAUCGUCAUCAAUGAUGAAGUUGGUCAAGCUGUUUUGGAUUCCUACAGGAAUGUUGUUCAGGCUUUGAGUGCUCUGGAGGCGAAUGAUUUGACUUUAGCUGUGAAUCUGGCCAAGAAAGCUCAUGCAGCAUCUGAAGCUGCAUUUUUUGAUCCCAGUCUUUUGGCUCUUCUCUACUUCCCGGAUGAACAAAAGUAUGCUAUCUACAUUCCACUUUUCUUGCCUGUUAUGAUCCCAGUUCUCAUGUCCAUGAAUGCCAUAAGAAAAUCCUGGAGCAAGAAAAAGGGUCAGGAGGAGGCUGAAAAACCAAAGACUGAGUGAAGGGAGUAAAUAAAUUGAUACAAAAAGCCA